AUGCUUGCAUCGAAAGCGGCCGUCGAAGAUUUGAUGAUGCAAGCCAAGAAGAUUAAUUCCAACGUCAUCGGAGUGCCCGAGACGAGACGACGUCACCCUCUCAACGCUGUAUAUGAAACUGGAGAAGAACUGUUCUUAGGAGCAUGCGACAGUAGAGAUUUUGGAAGAGUUGGCGACCUCGUCAACAGGAGCAUGGCAAAGAACAUCGACUCUUUCGAACUACUUACGACCCGAAUCGGACGUCUGCGGAUGAGAAGAUGUGGUCCAACACCAACUUUGAUUAUCUUCGUCGCUUAG